ACUCAAAUUGGUAUCGGGAGCAGUGUGUACAUUCUUGAGCGUAACAAGCCUCCAACCAGAGGGUGUGACACCACACACCGCAUUUACCUAGCAUCAGGUAUGUACAAACUAUAUGGACGGUACUUUGCUGCCCUGUUGUUGGUUCUCAGUUCAUACUUAGUUAUUGUGUUGCUUAGUACAAAUCAACAUUUGGCGAUCUCUGUACGAAGUGCUCAUGAAUUGGAGACUGUUUUAUCUCUUACAUCAAUAGCUAUCGACGGAAAUUACACCCCUACUGAGCAGCAUUUGACAAAUACACAAUUGAGCUUCCAUUCUAAAGAGUAUCCAAAACCAACUGUUUUUAAUAAUUCAUUAUCUUCGUUUGCAAGUCAUUUUCCUCGUAUUAUGAUUAUCGGGUUUGGUAAAGCUGGUACAAAAACAUUAUAUGAGUUCUUAAAAUACCACCCCCAACUGUCUGGUCCUGAAACGGAGAUGAGAUUUUUUUCUAGGCACUACGAUCAAGGAUUAGAGAGCUAUUUGAGCUCUUUACCUCCACCAUCCCAUAACGGUUUUGUUAUCGAAAAAAGUCCUGAUUAUGUUAUCGUACCUGAGGCUGCAGGAAGGAUUAUUGCAAGUGCUGAUUCUCUGGGAAUUCCUGUCUCUAAGCUCAAGUUUGUAGUGAUGCUACGUAAUCCAAUUGACAGAGCAAUGUCAGAGUAUUUGGAAUGGAAAGUACAGCGGUACUUACGUCGAGAAUCUGUACUCCCAGGAUUUGAUACGUUGGUCACACUAGAAACUGGUGAACUUAACUUGAACAUAAAAUUUAUUAAUACAAGCUGUUAUGCUUAUCAUCUUCGGCGCUGGUUGAAGCAUUUCAGAGCAAAGCAGAUGUGUUAUGCUGACGGUGGUGCCUUCAUUUCAAAUCCGUACCAAGUAAUUCAAAAACUCGAAUCCUGUCUAAAUCUUAAUCCUUACUUCACAGAGGAUAAUUUUGUACUCAAUCAUAAACGAGGAUUUUAUUGCUUUCAAGACCAGUCUUUCAACAGCCAUCUGCAUUGUAUGGGGGAAAGCAAAGGAAGGCCCCAUCCACCCAUCAAAAAAGUAGUACGUGAUAGACUGGUUGAGUAUUUCUCGGAGUGGGAUGAAGCACUGAAAAACAUGACGGGAAUAAACUGAUCCAAAGUCGUGGGUAAAUGAUUUGCUUAGUUACAACAUAAUUUACAGUGGACACUACAGGCGCUGGACAUUAUUUCAGGUAUUUAUAUUUUUACCCUGUUGAUGUUAUCAAAAUAUAAGUUUUGUAUGGCCUGCAUGCUAGAUCUAUACUUGUACACCUGGGCAAUUAUAAUGUCUAUAAUCGUA